UGUGUGCGCGCGCGCUGGCUCCCAGUGUGCACUCUCCGCCUGGCAGUGUGAUCACGGCGCUUUUACAGAUGGGCCAGCGGAUUCAUCCCCAAUGAACAGCCCGGCUCUUCGUAGUCAGAUGGCUCCUCCGAUGGCACUUACGCACAUUAUUGCUUUAUUAUGGAUAAUGCCACCUAUCUGUGCGAUAGAAGAUGUGCUGAUGGAUUCGAUGACAGCAACGGCAGAGCUGGGCUGGACGAUAUACCCAUCAGUAGGGUGGGAGGAGGUGAGUGGCUAUGAUGAGAACAUGAACACCAUCCGCACCUACCAGGUCUGCAACGUAUUUGACGCCAAUCAAAACAACUGGGUGCGCACCAAAUACAUCCGGCGGCGAGGGGCCCAGCGCAUCCAUGUCGAGAUCAAGUUCUCAGUGCGAGACUGCAGCAGCAUCCCUAAUGUCCCAGGAUCAUGCAAGGAGACCUUCAACCUCUACUACUUCGAGUCUGACUCGGACACGGCCAGUAAAGUUUACCCUCAGUGGAUGGAGAACCCCUGGAUCAAGGUGGACACCAUCGCAGCCGACGAGAGCUUCUCGCAGGUGGACCUGGGUGGCCGGGUGAUGAAGAUUAACACGGAGGUACGCAGCUUUGGUCCUGUGUCUCGCAACGGCUUCUACUUGGCCUUUCAGGACUACGGUGCUUGCAUGUCGCUCAUUGCUGUGCGGGUUUUUUUCCGGAAGUGUCCCCGUGUUGUCCGGAACGGAGCUGUCUUUCCAGAGACUUUGUCAGGAGCAGAGAGCACUUCGUUGGUUGCAGCUAGAGGUACCUGCAUACCCAAUGGAGAGGAAGUUGACGUGCCAAUUAAACUUUACUGCAACGGAGAUGGCGAGUGGUUGGUUCCUAUCGGGCGCUGCAUGUGUAAAGCUGGACACGAGGCAGGCGAGAACGGCACUCUCUGUCAAGCAUGUUCCUCUGGAUUCUUCAAACCAUCCCAGGGAGAUCAGUCAUGCCAACAGUGUCCUAUCAACAGCCGCACCACCAACGAGGGAGCUACCAGCUGCGUCUGCCGUGUUGGCUACUACCGCACUGAUUCAGAUCCUGCACAGAUGCCCUGCACAACCGUGCCCUCCGCCCCUCAGACAGUCAUUUCCAGUGUGAAUGAGACAUCCUUGAGGCUCGAGUGGAUUCCUCCUCGUGACAGUGGUGGCCGACACGACCUCGUGUACAACAUCAUCUGCAAAAGCUGUGGCUCGGGCCGAGGAGCCUGCACACGUUGUGGAGACAACGUGCAGUUCGUGCCACGGCAGCUAGGCCUCAUCGAGCCACGCGUGCACAUCAGUGAUCUACUCGCCCACACGCAGUACACCUUUGAGAUCCAGGCAGUGAACGGUGUUUCUGACCAGAGCCCCUACUCGCCUCAGUUUGCCUCAGUCAAUAUUACAACUAACCAGGCCGCUCCAUCAAUGGUGUCCAUCAUGCAUCAGGUCAGCAGGACUAUCGAUAGCAUCACGCUGUCAUGGUCUCAACCAGAUCAGCCCAACGGGGUCAUACUGGACUAUGAGCUGCAGUACUAUGAGAAAAAUACUGCUGAAUUCAACUCUUCUACACUAAGGAGCCAGACAAAUACAGCUGUAGUUCGAGUCCUAAAGCCAGGCACCAUCUAUGUGUUCCAGGUGCGAGCUCGGACAGUCGCGGGGUUUGGACGCUUCAGUGGAAAGAUGUACUUCCAGACCAUGACUGAAGAGGAGUACGAUUCCAGCCUGAAGGAAAAGCUGCCACUCAUCAUUGGCUCUGCUGCUGCAGGUGUUGUUUUUCUCAUCUCAGUAAUUGUGCUCAUCAUCGUCUGUAACCGGAGAGGCAGUGAGAGGACAGAAUCUGAGUUCACAGACAAGCUCCAGCAUUACACAAGCGGCCAUUUGUCACCAGGUAUGAAGAUCUACAUCGAUCCCUUUACAUACGAAGAUCCUAAUGAGGCAGUGCGAGAGUUUGCCAAAGAAAUAGACAUGUCCUGUGUGAAGAUUGAGCAAGUUAUUGGUGCAGGUGAGUUUGGGGAGGUUUGCAGCGGAAAUCUGCGCCUGCCUGGAAAGAGAGAGAUCCUGGUAGCCAUUAAAACGCUGAAGUCUGGCUACACUGAGAAGCAGAGGAGGGACUUCCUGAGUGAGGCCAGCAUCAUGGGCCAGUUUGAUCACCCCAACAUCAUCCACUUGGAGGGCGUGGUGACAAAAAGCUUCCCCGUUAUGAUAAUCACCGAGUUCAUGGAGAAUGGCUCACUGGAUUCCUUCCUUAGACAAAACGAUGGGCAGUUCACUGUGAUUCAGCUGGUCGGCAUGCUGAGAGGCAUUGCAGCUGGCAUGAAGUAUUUAUGUGAUAUGAACUAUGUGCACCGAGACCUGGCUGCCCGCAACAUCCUGGUCAACAGCAACCUGGUAUGCAAAGUGUCUGACUUUGGGCUUUCUCGCUUCUUAGAGGAUGACACGUCAGACCCUACGUACACCAGUGCCCUAGGAGGAAAGAUUCCCAUCCGGUGGACCGCUCCAGAGGCCAUCCAGUACAGGAAGUUCACCUCAUCCAGUGAUGUGUGGAGCUACGGUAUCGUCAUGUGGGAAGUCAUGUCCUACGGAGAGAGACCAUACUGGGACAUGAGCAAUCAAGAUGUGAUUAAUGCUAUAGAGCAGGAUUACAGGUUGCCUCCUCCUAUGGACUGCCCCAAUACAUUACAUCAAUUAAUGCUGGACUGCUGGCAGAAGGACAGAAACAACCGGCCUAAAUUCAGCCAGAUCGUGAACACCCUGGACAAAAUGAUCCGCAACCCUAAUAGCCUGAAAGCCACCACCCCACUUUCUUCCGCCGUACACCUACCUCUGCUGGACCGCAGCACUCCAGACUUCUCCAGCUUCAGUAGCGUGGAUGAGUGGUUGGACGCUAUCAAGAUGGGCCAGUACAAGGAGAACUUUGCCAGUGAGGGCUUCAGCUCUUUCGAUGCCGUUUCCCAAAUGACUCUGGAUGACAUCCUACGGGUGGGAGUCACUUUGGCCGGCCACCAGAAGAAGAUUCUCAACAGCGUGCAAAUGAUGCGAGCUCAGAUGAACCAAAUCCAAUCGGUGGAGGUUUGACCCUCAUUCUUAGAGGCUCUCAGACUGACUCCCUCCUCCACCAGCCCCCUGGCUUCAGAGUUCAGCUGCAGUCCUUCCUGUGGAGAUGUCCCCGGCAAAGUAGGUCCUCAGGAGGGACUCCCACACAGCAAACACCCCCUAAAAUCCACCAGCACGCAGCAGGAUGGAGUCGGACAGUGAUGUCUGGAGGCCCACACGUGUACUGUACUAUUACAGUGGUGAUGAUUUUAAUUGUAACAUCAAAGAGAGUAAUGGUUAAAGGAUUCAAAGGGAGACAUUGAUCAUCACCAGUGUCUAGUUUUGUUAGAUUAUAUAACCCUUUAAUAGGGAAAUAAGUAAAAUUCAAACAGUUCUGUUAUUUAUAGCGGUACUAGUCUCAUGAUAAAACCUUUGAGACAGAGAAAGUAUAAAGCUUAGGGUGGCAGAGUAACAAGAGGAGAGAAAGAUGAAAAUGGACCAUGGACUAAUGGCACAAAAAUGAGCCUCUUAUACUCCUGCUGAUGCCAUAUGGUUAGGAAGGAUCCAUGUGGCAACCCAAGAGGAGUAAUGUAGAAAUUGUGAAAAUUAGUGACAAAAAAGUCUGGAUUUUUUUUUUUUUUUCAAAUAUUAUGGUGAUAUUUUUUAUUUCUCCUUUUUUAUGGAUUUGAUUUUGGAUAUAUACUCAAUGGCAACUUUAUUAGGAACACCAUACUAAUACUAUGUAAAACAUCCCUUAUGCUCUCAAACCAGCCUCAAUUCUACAUAGCAUAGAUUCCACGAAGUGCAUGUCGUUUAACCGUAACGACUUGACCCAAGUGCUGUACAUAACAUCAUAUAAUGUCACAUUAAACCACAUAAUUAGACCUAGAAUAAAAACCUUCAAAAUGGCUAAAGAUGAAGCAGUUGUUGGAAAGUGCUGGAAACAUUUCUUUGAGAUCCUGAUGAUAUGACUGCUUUACGUAACUGCUGAAAAUUUCUCCUGUUCUACCACAUACAUCCCAGAGGUGUUCUGUUCGAUUCAGAGCUGAGGUAUAAGGAUACCACUGAACUACAAUGAACUUGUUGUCAUGGUUUUGGAGACCGUUUCAGACAAAUUGUGCUUUGUUAGUUAGAUGGCUCAUUAUCAUGGCAUUCAAUUGAUGCUGGAUGGAGAUUAACAAGCCCAAUGUGUCCAAGAAAGCAAUUCCCACAUCAUUACACCAACACCACCUGGAACUGUUGACAGAAAUGCAGUCCAUGGAGCCAUGUUUUUGCACUGCAUUUCAGCCUACUAACUAUCUAUAUCUCAGAAAAAAAAUUCAGUUCAUUUACCUCAUGUUUUUAUCUAAAGAGACUUACAGCUAAGAGAGAAUACAACUGUGCAGUUAAGGGUUAAGGGCCUUUCUCAAGGGCCCAACAGUAAUGCUGAGAUUUGAACUCAUGACUUUCCAUUCAGUUGUCUAGUACCUUAAUCGCUGAGGUAACGCUGCCCAAUAGUCACUGCUUAUCAUUGUAUCAUCUAGAUUUGGUGAGUUUGUGCCACCCUGGCCUCAGAUUUCUAUCCUGGGCUUAAAGAAGUGGAAUUUGAGUUUAUCUGCCAGAGGUGGGAGUAAGUCAAACAUGUGCAAGUCACAAGUAAGUCUCAAGUUAUGAAUGUCAAGUCAAAGUCAAGUAGAAUAUUUUUUUAACAUUUUUCAAGCAAAUCUCAAGUCUCAAAUUUG